CGGCAGCAUCUCUUUCUCCCUCCUCCUCUCCCUCUCGAAGCCGCGGCCAUGGCGGACGGCGACCGAGGGGCGGCGUCGGGGAAACUCACGGAGCUACCCGCGAGCGGCGAAGAGAAGGGCCUCCCCGGGAGGGGCAAGGCUUCGUCAGGAAGGACAUUAAACACCGCACAGAUUCCGCUUGUCGCGAGCCAUCCGGAGGUGUAUGAGCCAUGUGAUGAUUCUUUUGCCCUAGUUGAUGCACUGCUGUCAGACAAAGCACAACUUUUGACCCUACAGCCGAGGUUAUGUAUGGAGGUAGGGUGCGGGAGUGGUUAUGUCAUCACCUCUCUUGCAAUCAUGCUCAGGCAAUUAAGCUCUGGAACCCAGUACCUAGCAACUGACAUCAACCAAAAUGCUGCCGAGACAACUCAAGCGACCCUUGAAGCCCAUGGCGUGCACGCAGAUGUGGUUGCUACUGAUAUCGUGUCAGGUCUUGAGAAACGUCUAGCUGGUAUGGUCGAUGUGGUUGUUGUUAACCCUCCUUACGUGCCAACACCUGAGGAAGAAAUUGGGUGCAAGGGUAUUGCUUCAUCUUGGGCUGGAGGGUUGAAUGGGCGCCAAGUGAUAGAUAGGAUUCUUCCUGCUGUGCGUGAGGUGCUAUCAGAAAGAGGGUGGCUGUACAUGAUAGCCCUAGAAGACAAUGAUCCUUUGGAUAUAUGUCAUUUGAUGAGCGAGAUGGGAUAUGCAUCACGUGUUGUCUUGAAGAGAUGCACUGAGGAGGAGAGCCUUUAUGUUCUCAAGUUUUGGCGAGAUGCUUAUGCUGGCACAAAUGCUUCUCCUAAAUCUUCAGGCCCGGAGUCAUGGUUUUCUCAGUUGCCUUUCAGAUCCCUUUGGCACAAGAGUUCAUAGCUGUUCCUGGCCUCAUCAAUUUGAAGUCUUCGGUUCUGAAAUAUAGUUAGAAGUCCUUCGCAAAAUUGAGAUGGCAGUAUCUCAACAUGUGUUUGAAUGGGAUGUUACUGUUGAUUUUUUGACUUGCCUCAGUACAAGAAUCAGCCUAACCUGAUAGGUUUAAGGCGCUAACCAAACAGGCCAUUAGAGCACAAAGUACCGAACCUUCUUAUUGUCUUCUUACGUUCCUGCCAUGUGUAUAUAUGCUAGUAUGGAUUCUUAUCUUCCUGCAUUUGUGAUUUGUGUUUCCUUAUGGAUUUACUGCUCUCAGUUGAUUAUUUCAAUAUGAGAGGAAAAGAAGAUUUGGGCAGUUUCUUGAA